AGAUGGGCUAGAUGCCACACGCCGUUAGCCUGCAGGUUGCAAAGGUUGAAAGUUUGAUUUCCAAUUUGUCGUCGUUGUUCUUCCUCCUCCUCCUCCUCCUCCUCUCCUCCUUCUCCUCCUUCUUCUUCUUCUUCUUCCUCUUUGGGGCUCUGUUUCUCCUCUGCUCGGAUACUGCGCUGACUUAAGCAUUGGAUAUGUGCACACAGGAUGAUGACAACCCCUUUCCUCCCCGUAGAAGUAAAAUAAAAUAGGCUUUCGCACACACUGGAUUUACUCCUGUCGUUCCAUAUGAAGAAGCCAAAAAUUUGGAUACGCGUCUGUGUCCAUAUACUGCUGUUCAUCACGCUUGGGGUACAUUCAAGUAAAUUUGACGUCAACCCAGUGACAGAUGACAUCUCUAGACUCUCUAUUUUGAGACAAAAUAUUCCUAAAGAUUACAAAAUUCCUGUACACUACGUUCCAAAAGAAGAGGGAGGGAUGUGUUGGGUAAAAUUAAACGUCUUCUACUUGGAGGAGAGUUUACAAGAUUUAGCACAUAAGUUUGGAAACAUUUCAUCCAACAGAAAAGAUAUUAGCAUAUUCAUCCAAAUGCUCCAAGAACUGCGGAUCAACAUGGGGAAUCUGGAGUCCAUCAUGUUAGAGUUCCAGUGCCACUACAGGGAAGAGAGGUGGCAGACAGCGCGAUACUUUGACUUUGUCAAAGACUUCCUUAUAGCUGCACAGAAUAAAGAAGAUUCAGAUGACUGUGAUCCUGCCCCCUGUCCCACAACACCAUACACAGUAACAACAGAAGAAUAUUUAAAAGUAUCACCACCGUCCAGCAGUAAAGACACCGAGUGUGCAACAGGCUGCAACCCACAUUUUGCAACGAGUUCCCUGUCUGAAGUGGUGGAGCGAAGCCUUCUCUCCUUACUGUUCAUUCCACUCCUAGCUCUCGUAUUCCUGCUCGUGUGGAAGGUCCGAUCGUGUCGGAACGAGGAGGAUCUGGAACAGAACCCUGGAGAAGGUGGACUCUUCACAGGAACGGAAGGGACUGCACCUCCACUAGAUGCUGAAAUAUCAGAAAAAAACAUGUUGAACGUCAUUGAAAUAGUGUAAUAACGCUUCUACCCUUCGAUGUUCGUCAGCGUGACUGGACUCUACUCUUUUCCCCCUGUUGGUGUCCAGAAGUGAUGAACAAAAAAAAACAAACACAAAGCUAAUUUCCGUGGCGCGAUCUCAAAAGGUAAACGGCUUUGUUUGUUGACUGCUCUCCGGAUGUAACGGUCACAAUUGCCUUUCUUGUAAGACUGCAUUAACCCCGCGCUUCUGAAAAAGACUAAGAUUUUGGCUUAGCGUAGCCACCCUCACCUCAACCCCGACCAACUGGACUCUCUGGCUCCCCCAAAAUCGUCCACCAGAACCUGCUGCUCCAUGAACUCUUUGGGGUAGGACUCCCCCCCACCCCUCUUCAGUACGUUGCAACAGUCUGCCUGUGGUUUUUUUGGACCCACCAGUUCAUCUUCGAACAAGCGAUGCAGGGAGUGACUGACGCUGGUUAUCUCCUGUCUGAACUGAGGCAUGAAUUACUACCUCCGCUGACCCUCACGUUAACCAACGUCCUUCAACAGCUCUACGGUUUCACACUCAGUCCGGGGUUCCCCCUAAAGAAUAUAAUGUCAAACAUUGUAGUUCCAAGUUGUAGUCACGUUGUCUGGUUUCAGGCCGGUACCCAUGGGGGUGUGUGAGAUGUAUUUAUUUAUUGGUGGCAGCACUGAGCUGCUGCUGUUGAUACAACUGAGAUGUUUCAAGCAAUCAUUUAAGAGCACCUCUACUAAUGGGUCACAUUUAAAGAACAAUCUAUAUACUAACACAUCGUAAACUCCCCAAAAAUUAUGUAAAGAAUGAACUCAUUCCUGAACAAGUUACAUUUCCUGUUAUGAUGUUGCUGUUGUCGGUAUAUAUGACUCGGGUGAUUUAGGUUGUGCGAACGGAUUACAUGGAGAUCAAAACACAUAUGUACAAAAAUAUGCUGCUUUGACUAACUUACAUUUAGACCAUUGAAAUCUGCGAUGACAUUCUGCUAACGAGUAUCAGGGAUGAUGUCUGUGUAUCCAGUUUCUUUUUUUUUUUUUUUUUAUUAAAAAAACAGUAAAUUCAGAACGUAGGUGUUAGACGCAUGUAAGACAACGACUGGCCUCCCAUAGUGAAUGAUAGCUCUAUAAUGCCUUUAUUAUUAAUAUUAUUAUAGUUUUUUUUAUUAUCUCACCUUUUAUGCUUGCAAAGCAAAGACUGUUUCGAUGGCCAUUCCUUGAUGAAAGGAUAAUAAACUAAAUCGUUUAAAAAUUGUAUAAAGAGAGCAAAAUAAUAAGACUGAUUAUACAAAUGCUAUGUAAUAUAACUUUUUUAAAACCUAUAAAUUCUUGACCUGUUCACUCAAUUACCAAAUAUACUCUCAAAUCCAACCGAUUAGCUCGGACUGUUCGCUCAUAUGGUUCAACCUGUUCUUACAAAUUUUGCCUUUGUCCAGUAUCAGUGUUGUGCUUGCAUAAUAAAACCCACUACAGACAAUCUGACAAAGCUAGUUAGUGCAUUCAUCAAGACUUAAAUGCUAAUGAAAUGCUGAAGGAUGAUACCACUGUUUGUGAAAUUUUACAGACACGCACCUUAUUUGUUUUCGCAAUCCACAUGGGAAUGCCGUGCAGACCUAGAUAUCAAUUUUGCCUUAAAGUUGCGCCAUUACACCCUGUCAAGGGAAGUGCAUUGUUUCUCG